AUGUUGAAGAAGAUGAUGGUGGUGAUGCUGACAAUAGUGGAACUGAUAAAGAUGUGGACUGAUAAAGAUGUUGAAAAUGAUGAUGGUGUAAAUGAUAGUAUUGAAGAUGUUGUUGAUGAUGUUAAUGUUGGUGGGGAUGGUGAUGAAGGCUGUGAGUUUGCUGAUGAUUUUAAGGAUGUGGAAGAUAAUGUUGAGGUUGUUGAUAUUGAGGGCUUUGCUUGUGAGGGUGAUGAUGAUAGUGGGACUGAUGAGGAUGGUGUGGAUAAUAGUAUGGAAGAUGUUUUCGAAGAUGAUGAUGAUAAUAUUGCUUGUGAGUUAGCUGAAGAUGAUAAGGAUGAGAAAAAUGCUGCAGAGGUUGUUGAUAGUGAGGGCUGCGCUGGAAGGGUUGAUGAUGAUGGCAAUGAUAGUGGUGCUGAAGAUGAUGGUGACAGUGAUGAUGAUGGUGUAGAUGAUAGUGUUGAUGUAUUAUUGAAGCUGAUGUUAAUGGUGGUGAUGAAGAUAGUGGGGAUGGGCUGUGCUGGUGAGUUUGAUGAUAAUGAUAGUGAUGGGGAUGCUGAUGAAGGCUGCGAGUUUCCUGAUGAUGGUAAUGAUGAGGACGAUGAUGUAGAGGUUGCUGAUAAUGAGGGCUGUUGGGGUUGGGUUGAGGAUGAUGAUGAUAGUGGGACUGAUGAAGAUGAGGCUGGUGGUGUUGAUGAUAAAUGUGAUGAUGGUGCCGAGGAUGGUAAAGAUGAUGGUGUAAAUGAUACUAUUGAAGAUGUUAAUGAUGCUAAUGAUAGUGAUGAAGAUGAUGGGGAUGUUGAUGAAGGCCGCAAAUUUACUGAUGAUAGUAAGGAUGUGGAAGAUAUUGUAGAGGUUGUUGAUAUUGAGGGCUGUGCUGGUGAGGUUGAUGGUGAUAAUGGGAUUGAUGAAGAUGGUGAAGAUGUUAAUGUUGGUGGUGAAGAUGGUGGGGAUGACGAUGAUCGCUGUGAAUUUGUUGAUGACGUUAAUGAUGAGGACAAUGAUGUAGAGGUUACUGAUGUUGAAGGCUGUUUUGGCUGGGUUGAUGAUGAUGAAGGCUGUGAGUUGCUGAGAUUUCAAGGAUGUGGAAGAUAA